AUGAUUAUUUUCCCUAUAAGCAACAGCAACAGCAGCAACAGCAGCGUGGAUCUGACCAGCCUAGAUUUAGACAGCGCCCUCAACGUAAACGUCAACAACAGAAUCGCUCUGCUGCUCGGCCUUCCCAGAAGCAGCAGGUUUGACUCCUGUGCGGAGGACUCGAACAUGUCUCCACUGGUCAACACACUAAAGCCUGCAACCACCACCACCACCACCUUAUUCUACCACCGCCUGAGGCCAUUUCUUCAUCGAUGGGCCACCAUUACCUCAGACCGAUGGGUCCUAGAGGUCAUAUCAUCGGGCCUGACAAUCCCGUUCGCAUCAAUCCCUCCUACCACUCCUCCCACCCCAUCCCUUCUCAGGGACCCGUCUCAUGGGGCCGCUCUUCGAGAAGAGGUUCUUCACCUACUCGAGAUUGGAGCCAUAGAGAGAGUACCCGACGAAUUUCGAGGCAAAGGGUUCUACUCCAGGUAUUUCCUGGUUCCCAAAAAGUCCGGGGGGUGGAGACCCAUCCUCGAUCUGAGGGGUCUCAACCGUUUUAUCCGAAAGCAGCGCUUCAAAAUGACCACCCUGGCCAAAAUCAUGCCAGCACUAAACAAAGGAGAUUGGUUCGCAGUCCUGGAUUUGCAAGACGCAUAUUUCCAUGUAACGAUUCACAUAGCGCACAGGCGUUUUCUCAGAUUCGUAGUGGGCGACGAUCAUUUUCAAUACAGGGUCCUGCCUUUCGGCCUCAUUUCGGCCCCAAGGGUGUUCUCCAAAACACUAGCGGUAGUGGCUGCCCAUCUUCGAAGGAUAGGAGUCGUUAUCUUCCCCUACCUCGACGAUUGCCUCAUCAAGGCGCGCACCCAGUUAGAGGCUCAACACAUGGUAGUCGCAACUCAGGAGUUGUUCGACUCCCUCGGCCUUAUCGUGAACAUUCAAAAAUCACGUCCACUACCAACACAAAUUCUAAACUUCAUAGGAGCACGUCUCGACUCCCAGUUAGAGAGAGUCCAUCUGCCACUCGAGCAUUUUCAAUUAAUACAAGACCUGAUAAAAACAGUCUUGCAAGCUCCAAUGCUCCCGGUACGCGUAUGCCUCCAGCUUCUGGGUCAUAUGGCUUCCACGACAAUCAUAGUGCGCCAUUCAAGGCUACACCUCAGGUGUCUGCAGCAUUGGCUGAGCACGGUGUACAAGCCUAUGGAGCACAGCAUCCGCAAGACUGUGGUACUUCCAGUACAUGUCAAAGACUCCCUAUUACGGUGGACGAAUCACAACAACAUGUUGUCAGGAGUCCCCUUCCAUGCACCGCAACCGUCACAAGAGAUAACCACAGACGCUUCUCUCAUCGGCUGGGGUGCCCACAUGGGCACAAAAACAGUUCAGGGUCGUUGGUCCACGACGGAGAUGAUGCUCCAUAUCAAUCUUCUCGAGCUUUGAGCCGUGU